UAUUGAGUAUAAUAUGUUUUAUGAUUACCAAGUUAGUCAAAAUAUGGAAUACCAAAAUACGAUUCAAGUUUAUGACGAAGAAAAAGAAAAUGUUUAUUCGAUAAUAAAUAAAAUAAUAAAUGAUGGUGAACAAAAAGAAGGCUUUUUCUUGUGUAAUGUUAAUGAACUUAUUUUGAAAUACAGAGAAUGGAAACGUCUAUUUCCUAACGUGGAUCCUUUUUACGCUGUAAAAUGCAACGAUAGUAGAAUAGUAUUAGAAAUAAUUGCAGCUCUUGGCCUAGGAUUUUCCUGUGUUUCGAAAGAAGAAAUACGAAGGAUUAUUUCGCUGAAUGUUCCUGCAAAUAAAAUAAUAUUUGCUAAUCCUACGAAAAAAAUCAGCCACAUCGUAUAUGCUGCUACAGAAGGAGUAGAUUUACUUACAUUUGAUAAUGAGCAUGAAUUAUAUAAAAUAAGUGAUUGCCAUCCGUCUUCGAAAUUGAUUAUGAGAGUGUGUACUAAAGAGCCGAACAAUAAUGGUGUCAUUAGAAAAUUUGGUGCUUUACCUGGUCAAGAAGUCCAUCAUUUACUUACAGUAGCUAAAUCUCUAAAUUUAAAUAUAGUUGGAGUUGUAUUUCACGUAGAGAACCCACAAAAUAUUGAAGAAUAUACUCGAGCAAUAGAAAUAACUAAAAUGGUUUUUAACACCGGUCAAGAGCUCGGAUAUAACUUUAAUAUAGUUGAUAUAGGGGGAGGAUUUUCAGGAGCUCAUGAAGGUGACAUUACAAAUGUAGCAGAAAUUAUUAGAAGUUCUUUAAGUUAUUACUUUCAAGGGAACGAAGUAAAAUUCGUAGCUGAACCUGGUAGAUACUUUGUUGAAACAGCGUUUAAACUGGUAUCUUACAUCCAUUCUAAAAGAACAAUGUCGGACGGUAUUAGAAUGUAUCAUUUAGAUAUAGGCGUUUAUAGCGGCUUAGCUCCAAUCAUUUUUAAGAGAUUUUUCACUUGUAAGCCAUUGCAAAAGGAAAUGUCUGAACCUCUAUAUCCUAGCAUACUGUGGGGUCCAACUUGUGACAGUACCGACAAAAUAUCGGAAGACAUAGAUUAUUUACCUUUAAUGGAUAUUGGAGAAUGGUUUAUUUUCGAAAACACUGGAGCAUAUACAUUACCUAUAACUUAUGAAUUUAACGGCUUUACGUUACCGGCUAUCCAUUCUGUUAUAUCUAAAAGUAACUGGUUAUACAUACUGGAAAACGCAUCAGUGCCAGUUAAGAAGUCAAAAUUUAUUUUUGGAAAUUCUAUGGAAAUUUAUAUGUCGGGUCUCAACAACCCAUAUAUUUUCAACCGAUUGUAUUAUUGAAAUAAAAUAAAUUGAAUAACGCAUU